UCAUUGCUGUCAAAGUCAAAAUUCUAGAAAUUGCAGGUUAUGUUUUGAUGGUGAAAAAAUAUAAAUUGUUAUAACAUUUCUAUUUAUUUUAUAAAGAACUGAGCUUAAGAUGAACUUUCUAAGGAAAGGAAUCUCCCUCCUUUCCCUUGGAAUAAGAACACAAUGCGCCACCUAUCAAGCGAUAACUCAGGCCGCCACACUCCAGCCUGCAGUGAGUCAAGGCUUAAUCUCGAGGGCCAUGGCGUCCCUCGCGCAGAUGCACCAAACGGGACCGCAUAUCAAAUAUAGGAAAUCAAGAAACCCACUCAAUGGAAAUCCAUUUGCGAAGGGCGUAGUGCUAAAGACACUGAUCAAAAAGCCAAAGAAACCGAACUCGGCGAACCGCAAGUGCGUGCUCGUGCGCAUGUCGAACGGCAAGGAGAUGGUCGCGUACGUGCCGGGCAUCGGGCACAACUUGCAGGAGCAUAACAUCGUGCUCGUCAGGGUUGGCCGUGUGAAAGAUUGUCCUGGAGUGAAAUUGAAAUGUGUUCGAGGGAAGUACGAUCUACCGCACGUCAUCAAACAGAAGGUGUAGUUUAGUUAGCCAUGUGUAUGUAGUUAAUAUAUUAGUUUAAGAUGA